AUGCGCACGUGGUGCGCACUCCUCCUGCUGAUCCAUUCGGCAGGCGCUCAGUUUAGUUUCUUCGGUGAUUCAGAUCGACGGACGUCACAAAUCGAAGCGAUUGGGGAUCAGUUCGGAGUCCGAGAAGCACUUGGAGCAUGGAGUAAAGUUCUACGAAACAUAGCAACUCGUCCACAAAUGACGCAAAAGUUUAACCCAAAUGAGUUCACCAUUGCUCCAAGCGUAAAACGAAAAGAAAUAGAAGAAGCUCUACUCGAGAAAAAAGAUGGCGAAAAGAAAGCCGAUAACAUAAUCAAUGAGCGUCUACUCUACUUGCUACUGCCAAGGAUCAAGGGUCAGCCACCUUUCACUACCACAACCCUGCCGACAACGACGACGACAACCACCACCACAGAGAUGACGACAACCACUUCUCCUGCCCCUACAACUACGACCACAACAUCUACCACGACUCCAACUACAACAACUACACCUGCAGCAUCUUCUACACCAACAUCGGCGCAGUCUUCUGACCCGGAUGCCUCUGUUCUACCUUCAGUAAAACGAAAAAAAGAACAUCACAACAUGGCGAAAUGGUCUGAGGAGGAUACAAAAGAGUUCGACCUUGAUAGUUCGGAACUAGCGACUUUAGAAAGGGAGUAUACCAAGAAACUGGCUUUGCUGAAGGAGCAGAAGAAGGAACGUGAAAGUAAACGUCCGGCCAACUCCAAACAGGUCAGUUCGAAGGAGAAGUCCAAAGAAUUGAAUUCUGCCAAGGUCUCAUCGGCUGUACAAGCGGAUGUAACGUUGGUCCCUGUCCAGAAGGGGCCUACCACAGAGGCACCAAAGAGCGACGGACAACAAUUCACGGUGGUUUUCCAAACUGCACCCAAACAAGUAUUGGAUGAGCGAUUAAAAAUUGAAUCUAAAGUACUGUCGAUCCUCAGCAAAGCUUUGAAAGAUCAUGAGGAAAAGUCUAAGGAAAGCUUGAAAGGCGAGUACGCGGAUGAGGCCAUAACUGAGCCCCCACCGGCGCGCGAGCCUACUACCGAGGAAGUCGAGGACGUGACAGAAGUUCAUCCGACGUCAGUGGAAAGAGUGGCAGAAAUGGAGCUUCGUAGAGUCUUAGCUGAAAAGGAUAAGGACGAUGCUCUACAGCAUGAACCACCCACGCUCGCCUCUUCAUCGAUAGAAGAGACUCUGGACUCUGUUCCGAGCACCUUCAAACCUGGAAACGAGCUGACAGAGCCGUCUGAUUCAUCAAAGCUUUCGGACGAUUCUGUUCCUACGGCGUCUGUAGAAGUCCGAGUUCCAGCAGAAGAGGCAAAUGAAGUGAAUGAGAUGUUAGCUCUGAUAGAAGCUGAUGAGAAAGCGGAGAAAGCGGAAGCUGCCUCUUCGGAUCCGAAGGCGAUGAAAAUACUCAGAGAGAAGACGAGAGCCAAGAUACUGGCAUUCUUGCAAAAACGAGUGGAACAGAUGACAGAACAACUAGAACGAGCCGCUAUGUCUUCUAGUACUACCGCUGUGUCUACUGGUACUACCGCUGGGUCUCCUAGUACAACCUCUACGGCAACAUCUCCGUCCACUAUGACCACUACGGAGAUUCCACAGACCACAGACAGCACUACAACAGAUACAACAACAAUGGAGACCACUACUGAGGCUUCUACAACGGCUUCCACUACAACGGAAGAGAAAGAGGAGAAAGACGACGAAAAGGCGUUCAAGCAAAUACCAGACGCGGAACAGGACGACCCAUCCGCUGGACAUACAACGAGCACAGCUGCAACAACGGAGACAUCUACCGAGUCGAAGGAGACCACCACGACGUCGAAUAAACCCAAGGAAAAGCAAAAGGCUUUGGCAGCCAAGAUCGCGCAGGUGAAGGAAAAUCUCAAGUAUCACAGCAACGGUGGAAACGAUGCUCGACCUAUCCCAAUCUACCAAGCCCUUGUGGCACCUCCUCUUCCACGACCGGGCUCUGCCCAGUCUUCACCUUCACUAAUCCAGCAAGCAUCGCAUGAGAUUCAACAAGGGAAAGCCCCACAUUCUGCACUCCCGCCGUUCUUUGUAGCUCCACCUCCCGGUUACGUUGGACCGCUACCUCCACCACCACCUCCACCUCCUGGACUUCCUUCACAAUUCGCUGUUGAAGCACCUAGAAAAGCUCCUUAUCCAAGAAUUCCUUCUGAAAAUGGAGUAGAAGCUACUUCUCCAAAUGUUGUAUACUACCCGGUUGAAUCGGAUAAGCGGCCUGCGUUCACCAUCGAGUCCGCCCCUACUGAAUCACGGAAAUCUAUCCCAGUAGCCGUACCAGUUUUGAAAGGACCAGACAGUACCGGAUUCGAAAGAGGGCGAUCGGAAGUGAAGUCGACAUUCUUGGAGGACUCUGGUCUAAUGGUGGGUGGUCAAGACAGCAGUGAUACAUCGUCAUCGCAUUCUCGAAGCUUAGAGCAAAGGUCAAGCUUUGGAGGCGGAGGAUUCGGAGGUGGACGUCGACCGACAGAGUCCUUCGAAGAAGCCGCUUCAUCAUCCGUCGAAAGUUUCUCAUCCUAUCGUUCUGCACGGAAGAGAAUGAUGAAGCAUUAG